AUGAACGGUGAACUGAACGUUAAUGGUGUAAGCGUUGACUCAGGAGCGAGUACAUCAGAGGCCUUUGCUCCAGCAGCUUCAUCCCUUGUGAUGAGAGACUCCCACCCUAACUCAAUGAGCGGGUAUGACUUUUUCUGGGACUGCGGACAGUACCAGUCUACAAGUGUGGACAAACUCAAAGAAAAGGUGAUGCUGACCCAGCUGCCUUCUCAAGGUCAACAUCAGUCAAAUGGUCCUUUCGAAACUGCUAUUAAAGAAGUCCCAACUGAGCCUUCUGCAAUGCCUAAAAGCCUAAAGCUGUGUGAUGACAGGACUCACAAUUCUACUGGUUUGCAUUUUGAUCCUUACAGCUUAUGUUCUACUCAGAAGAUUCAUUUUGAUAUGGUGCAAGAGCCAUCAUCUUUCUCCCCAAACCAUGAGCUCACCAGGACUGUGUCUGAAGAAGUUCACUCCUUCACUUACCCUUAUGAUCACCAGUAUGAACACUGUAACUCUCAGCCAGACAUAGUAGACCUCGAGGAUGCUGACCUAGACCUCUUCUGCAGCAAAGAUUAUGAAGAAGUCGUGGAGUUGGAGGAUAAAGAGUCAGAGUCCAGACGGAGCUCCGAUUGCAUUGAGUCAAAAAUGGAGGAACCGAAAUUGCCAGCAAACCAAGACAUCUCUAUCAAUCCACUGUUUGACUGCGAUGGUGAUCACUCUUUGGAAAAUUCUAUAACGUUCAACAUUCCACUCAAGGAAUUUACUCAUGAUCCAGCCUCGGUUGUAGUGAUGCCGUACACCUCAUCAUAUUUCAUGGAGCUCUCUGGUGAGUCGGAUAAUGAAUUGAAUGACUGCCAUGAUGCAGAGGUGAAAAUGUCUCUGAAGCAGGAUGUCUCCACCUUCUCCCUCUCCGACUCCACACUUGCUCCUUCUCUUGAAAGUUUGAAUGUUUUCAAAUCUUCAUUUAAUGAAACUCAGACUUCAGGCUCCCUCCUGAUGACACCACGUACAUCAUCACCAAGAAAAGAUCUAACUGCCUCAGACAGUGAAACUGAUGAAUGCGAGGACCCUGAUGCUGCAGCAGUAAAAAUCCUUUCAAAACUGGUCAUGUCAUCUCUCACACUGUCUGAUGCUGAGGCUGAUGGCCAUGGUGCUCCCGAUGGCAACAGCACCCACUCUCUAGAAUCCUCAACAGUCUUCAAAACCCCUGCAAAGAAGGAAAAGAAGAAGCAUUCUGUCCCGAUGACACCUCUGACGCCAUCGUCCUCUGCCACAAGUAAAGGCGAAUGCAUACGUAGAAGAGUAACUGAUGAACGCGAAUUGCGCAUUCCACUGCAAUACGGAUGGAGGCGUGAGAUCAGAAUCAGGACUGUUGGGAGCCGCUUGCAUGGGGAAACCACAUAUUACGCCCCCUGUGGAAAGAGGCUACGUCAGUUCCCUGAAGUUAUUAAGUACCUGGUUCGAAAUGCGGUGACAGAAGUCAAUCGGGAACAUUUCAGUUUCAGCCCCAGGAUGAAUGUGGGAGAUUUUUUUGAAGCACGAGAGUCCUCUGAGGGUGAGCAGUGGUGUAAGCUUAAUGCGGAAGAAAUCCCUUUACGGAUUAAAGCCAUGAUGGGCAGACGGGGGCGGCCACCAAAUCCGAACAAGCAACGAGCUCAAAAAUCGCCAAAGGUCAAACGAGGCAAAGGAAGACCACCAAAGGUCAAGACAGUGACAUUGCUCAACAAGAGCGAGUUCAAGCUCAUGAAAAGAAUUGAAUCUCAAGCUGUUCUGAAUGAGAAAGAGAAGCAGAAGCUGAAGGCCUUGCUGAAUAAAUUGAAGCAAAAGGGACAGACUCAACUAAAACCAGAGCAGAAACUGCAGAAAGCCCAAAGGGUGACAAAGGAUCAGAAGGACAAGCAGGUGAAGAAACAGCAGAAACUGAAAGGGAAACAGCAGAAGCUACAGCUCUGGCAGGAGAUGAAGAAACCCACUGAAGACCUGUAUUUAACUGAUCACAAGCCUUUACCAGAGUUUGUCCCCAUUCCAGGCCUGGUGCUUUCUGGCCGUGCCUUUUCUGACUGUCUCAUAGUCAUUGAGUUUUUGCACAACUAUGGAAAGGUGCUCGGUUUUGACACCAGCAAGGAUGUGCCCAGCUUGAAUACACUCCAGGAAGGUCUGCUGAAUGUUGGAGACAAUAUGGCUGAUAUCCAGGACCUGCUGAUUCGAUUACUCCAGAUUGCAGUGCUCGAUCCAGGAUUGCCACAUAAAUACCAGUCCGUAACGUUUCUUGGGGAGCGAAUCUGUGACAUUGGAAUUAACCGGGAUAAUGUGUCAGAAGUGCUACGGAUUUUCCUGGAGGCUUACGGUGCUGAAGCAGAGCUCUGCGAAGGGCUGAAAAGCAAAUCAUUCCAAGCACAUUGCUCUGAGAAAAAGGCAGCAGUGCUGGCCUUCCUCGUCAAUGAGCUGCUGGGGAGCAGCAUAGUGAUAAGGGAAAUAGAUAAAAACAUAGAUCAUCGUGCCAACAUUCGGAAGAACAAGUGGAUCGUGGAUGGCAAACUAAGGAGGUUAAAAAGAGCUCUGGCAAAGAAGAAAGGAAUUUGGCAGCCCGAUAGCACUGUGGACAGCAGGAGGAGAAAGCAAGGCCUCUGUUCUGAAGAAGGCCACAACAGUAUAGCAGCAGGCAUGAGGUCUGAGGAGAGUGCAAAGGAGGAAACGAAAGAUAAAUCAUCAGAAAGAAAGACUGAUGGAACAAUUAAGAUGGAUGAUCAUCCUUCUGCCAGUGUGGCUGAAUUAAAUCGUCAGAUUGAGAAACUCAGUAAGCGACAAAGUUUUUUUGCGCGGAAGCUGCUUCAAGUCUCCCAGACACUACGUGCCUUGUUAUUGGGGCAGGACCGUUUCAGGCGUCGUUACUGGGUUUUUCCCCAUCUCUGUGGGGUAUUUGUGGAAGGCUCUGAGGGUUCACUAGGUACUGAAGAGUUGGAAGCAGAAAAGAACCAAUGCAAGCUGUUGGAGAGUGCCCUGGUUAAAGUGGAGGCUAGCGAGAUACCUGACAAGAAUCCGACCACUCUGGGUCAGCCAGUAGAUAACCGGCAGGGAACAUGUGACGCUGAACUGGUCAACCCAGAGAAUCCAAAGUUGCAAGAUGCUGCAUAUGCCAAACAUUCCAGUGAUGCUAUACAAAACUCCCAUUCUAGCAGUCACACUCCUCAAAACAUUGACCAGUCGGGUGUUUUUUUAGCCUGGCUGAGCAUCCUACAGAACUCUGUGUCAAACCUUUCCCUUCCUACACCUCACUGCAGCUCUAACAAAGAUAGCCCUAGUGCUAUCUCUCCAGAGGUGCUGCUGGCCAGCAAUCGGAAGCUGUUUGAUCUCAGCAUCCCAAACUCAGAGCAAAGUGUCAAAGAGUGUGCCGAGAAACAUGGACAGUGGUUCAGCCUUUUACCCAGAACACCCUGUGAUUCUUCAUCGAUUACCCAUCUGCCAUCUUCUUCACAACAGAACCAAUCCCAGAGACUGGAUUCCGAUCCAUGUCAGCUGAACCACGAUGGACUAAAGCUACUUACGUCUCCAGAGUUUGCAACGUCACAGUCUGCAGACUCGAUGGACCCCACUACUCCUUGCAAGACCCCGAUCGCCGCUUCUUUUGAAGUUGGCCCUACUGCGACCAAAGCGAAGGUCAAGUCUCAUCAUUGUGAUGGUGCUCCUCAGAAUGUAUGCUUUUUGCCACGGAUCCCUCGGCGUCGUGGACGACCAUCAAAAUUGCAGAAAGAGAUGAAUCAGCGUCAACUAAAACCUAUUCCAGAAGAGAUGCAGAAAGGCUGGUGGCACAUUGACAACUUGGAGCAGCUAAAUUGCCUGCUUAAAGCCCUUCAUCCACGGGGGCUACGGGAAAAGGCUUUACAGAAACAGCUCCUCAAACAUAUGGACUAUGUCAGUCAAGCUUGUAUGAGAGAGAAGAAAGAUUCCAUCUUUAACAAUAAUGACCAGGAACAUUCCGUUACCAAGGAAAUGGUGGAGAAGUGGAAGCCAGAGAAGUGGGCAUUUCCAGUUGAUCUUGCAGCUCUGCGCUACCUUGAGGCACUGGAGCAGAGAGUAAUAUCUGCAAGUCUGCAGGUGAAGGGGUGGACCAGUCCAGACACCGACUCUACUCGAGAUGACCUGGUGUAUUUCGAUCAGCAGUGGCUCACCUCAGGUGAUGGGAAAAUGAAAGAUGAGGAGGAGAUGGAGUUAAUGCGACGGAAUAACAACCCCCUGGAUUUGGCUGUAACCCGCUUGGCAACAUUAGAAUUAAACGUAGAGCGGCGAUAUCUGAAAGAACCACUGUGUCCACCAGUUUCAGGGAAACUGGAGAGCGCAGGGACAGUGAGUUCUGCUUCUGCAGAGGGUGUCAAUGAUGCUAAACAGUACAGCAACGAAGGGCACAUCUCUCCUGGCUUGAGUGUGUGGCGAGAAACCUUACUGAAAUGCACAAAUGCUGCUCAGGUAUUCAUGUGCAUUCAACAACUCGAGAAGGCCAUUGCCUGGGAGAAAUCUAUCAUGAAAGUGUCAUGUCAGAUCUGUGGAAAGGGAGACAAAGAUGAGUUUUUGCUGCUGUGCGAUAAUUGUGAUCAGGGAUGCCACACCUACUGCCUCAAGCCCAAGAUUGUUGGGAUUGCGGGAGUAGACUGGUUCUGUCCGAUGUGCACUACCGCGGCAAGCAAUCAGUCUGUCAGGAGUGGGGCGCCCCAGAGAAAAACAAAAAAAAGAAGAGCAAGGCAUUUCAAAAACAAAACCAAUGACUUUGAGUAUUUUGACCCACACUGUCCUAGAAAAUACAUGAAGAAACGCAGAAGAAAAUGUUCAUUGCGAGGGGGAUCUCCAGCUGCCAAGAGGAAGAAAAUAUCAAACAGAGACCAAUCCAGUGACCUCAUGUUAUGCGAGGUUAUCCUCAUGGAAAUGGAAGCCCAUGAGGAUGCCUGGCCCUUCCUUCAUCCUGUGAACCCAAGGCUGGUGCCUGGCUAUAGGAAGAUCAUCAAAAGGCCCAUGGACUUUUCCACCAUCAGGAGAAAGUUGAUUAGUGGGAAAUACUUGAGCUGCGAGGAGUUUGCUGAAGACACUACGCUGGUGUUCGAUAACUGCAUGACCUUUAAUGAGGAUGACUCAGAAGUCGGACGAGCGGGACACACAAUGAGGAAAUUCUUUGAGAGUCGAUGGGCUGAAUUUUACCAUUCGAGCUAGACAGUCGUCAGAACAUUGGGGCAAUGGAGUUCAAGAUGAGGCCCAGGAACAUUGUUCCUCCUGAAGUUCUGUGUACAAUAUGAGCUCGGUGUGAAUUGUUAAAAGCCACCUCUGGCUGUUGGCUGCUCAGGACUGGAAACGAAAUAGGUUUUGACAGUUUCAUAUGGCUCGAUGGUGGAUGUGAAUCCACAGUAUUUAAAAAUAAACCCUAUCCUUAAUGUGUCAGUCUUAGCUUUUAGAUGCCGAGGUUGAAUAUGUGGGGAAUGGACAUCACAAAAAGGGUUGCUCUAUAGACUGCUUGAUACCAUUAGAUUUUGCUGACAAUUACUGCACUUCAUCGUUAAUUUCAAAAGGGGUGAGAACAAUUGGAGGCAAGCUAUUUCAAACUGGGAAAGGCACAGGUUAAUUGUGUUACAUGUUCAUCCACUAACACAAGAGGUGGGAAUUAAACCUGCAUUCUCAUGCUCUCACUGUGACAUCUGAGCUUUCACUAAAUUGUUUCAGUACUCAGCCCAGAGAGUAAUUUAUUUCCCCAUUGAAAUGUUUCCUGUGCUGACUCAUGGCAGUGGUGACGUGUCUGUUUUAGGAAUGUUACAGGUCAGCACUCGUCUGGUCUGAAAUAUGUGGGCUUUUGAAUUGGCCAGGACAAGGUUUUCUCCUUUAAGUAAAUCUAGGGGCUGAUAGAGGUGACAAAUAAGAGGAACAAUAGUGACAGCCAAGGGCUACAUGCCAUAUACACAGUUUAACUCUUACGUCAUGUUGCCCAAGGUCACACCAGCAGCAUUCCACCUCUGUGGAAAGGAGUAGCCACAGAAAUAUUCAUCUUAAAAACAGCAUUCCAGACAUUUUGUGAAUCUUUCUUCUGUUCUGACCCUCUCUUCCUGCAUCAACCUGCCUCAGCAAUGAGGCAGACAACAUCACCCACAAGUGACAUAACUAGUACGAAGAGCUGCAAGGGACAAAGUUUCCCAUCAUGUCCAGAUUUCACUAAUAUCUAUUUAUAUUUGUGGUGUUUAGUAAAUAAUAUUAUUUAUGAUUGCUCCUUAAUUUUGCACUGAGUUCCAGAACUUUUGGGGGCGGGGGGGAGGUGGGAGGUGGGGGGUGGGUGGGUGGGAGCAAAGACAACGACGAAAAAAUCUGGAGUGAUAAGUUCCCAGCCCAGACAGCACAAUGACACUUAGUAAUUCCAGUUCUAUUGAAAUCUUGGGCCAACCGUAACUGUUCCUGGAACAUAGUUACAGAAUUACAAACCAUGAUCUGCAGCAAUAUAGCAAUAAUUUUUUUCCCCCCAGGGAUGACUAUGAAUAUCAGCUCUUGCUCAAAGUUGGAAAUGUAGAGUCAUAUUGAAAUCCAUGUUAUUGUCUUUCACUACAAUGCCCAAUGCCCCCCCCCCCAUGCCUCCAUAUUAUUGACUUUCACUACAAUGCCCCCCCCCUCACCCCAAACUUACAAAUUCAGGUCCUCUUGUGCUCCUCAGAGUAUAGGUCAUAGUAAAGUUCGAAGUGUGGCUACAUUCCAAACACAGCAUUCACAUCGAAUUUCAUGUGACUGACAGGUUAUUGGGAAGGAAAUAGACUUAAUAAAAGGAAGAGGUGCAUGUGAGCAGUAAACUUCAGGCAGAUUUUUCAGACUGCUCCAGGCGGAUGGUUAAACAUCACCUGGCUUACAUUACAAAAUAGAUGUGAUUGCACUUGCUGCUUUUGAGUAGGUAUGUUUAAAUGAAUAAUUCUAAGAUUCUACCUGAAUUAUGCUUGUGUCUGACACACUCUGAACAAUAGAUGAUGAUUGAACGUUUCACUGGUUUAAGAUGGAGACAAGGAAAAACGAUCAUGUUUGUGUUUGUACAUGGAUGUAUUGAGGCUAAAAAAAAUGUUUUAAAUGCCAAGUCAGUCUGAUAGCUAAGAUCAAAGAUCAAGUCUCUCCAACAGAAAUACAUCUGAUUACAGGAGGGAUGCAGUUUGCUCAACUUUUAGCUUUUCACUUCUCAUGAUUAAUGUGUAAAUCCACCCCAAAGAUACUUGCUGGUAAGAUCCAAAAGAAAUGAGUUUCCAUAGGUUCAGUCAAGUUUCCAAACGACAUAGGCUCACAGUACAGAAUUGGUAAUCUCACCAGGAGGAUCUACAUAAUAGUUUGUGAAAAGUUCGCCUAGAGUACGGAGUAUUCUUCUGAGGCUAGGCUAAAAUGCAUUGGCUGAGACUCUCUUGCAUGUUCCAGUUGGAAAUCUAGCAAGUUCUCAGUGGAAUAAUAAUGGAAUAUUCUUUUGGGACUGUCGGCUCACCAUCCCGGCUGGGACCUCACUCCUUCCACCCAUUGAAUGCAAACAGAAGUGAGGCUCAUGUCUCCAGAAAAUUUCACUCCCAUCUGCUUACCUCUUCUUUCCAGAGGUGCCAUGGGAAGGGGUGAUAAACCACAGAAAAUAUCUGUAACAGCUUUGAGGUAGCCCUGAUGGAUGGAUCAUGCCUCUUUAAUGGCUCCUUUCCCUCUGUUCUGAUUUGAAACACUUAUCAACCAAUGGUCCUGAUGUCAACUAAAAUCUGUGGUGGUUCCAGUUGUUGGGGUAUUCCAAGUGCCCUUCAACUUGUAAUUUACACUGGCAGGUUCCUGAGGCUGGAAUCUCACUGGAAAUGUGCCACAUCUCCCAGUGAAAUAGGUUGGGGUUGGCAGUAAAUUUAGAAAGAUGGUAGAGGUUAUUGAGACUUCUGUGCGGUACUGAGGAAGGGAUGCGUUUUUAGACAUGCUGCAAGAUAUAAUUAUUUCUUUCUUUCUUUGUGAGGUCAGAAUGAAAGGAAUUCGUGCAAAGGUCUCCAUUUUUUAGAACUAUCAUCCCUCAAAUUGAUGAGCACAAAUUUCACCCAAAAUAAGUGUGGUUACAAACAGCACAGAAUUUGAAUUAUUUGUAGAUGAGGGAACUUUAACCAGUAUGAUACAGCCCUAGAAAGGCCAAAAUAAUUUGAAAUGUUAAAACUUUACAAACAGUCUCUGUUGUAACAUGCUCAGUUGCAAUGGAAGCUUUAUUUAAAGUCCCAUCCCAUCCCAUCCCACCCCACUCUACAGCAGGUAAUGUAGACUGAGAGUAUACACAGGAAGAAGUCCUCCAGAAACAGUGCCUAAUUUUAACAAGAGUACGAGAAAUGCUUUCUUUGCCUGUCACUCCCAUAUGUGUAUGUAGCUAAUGAUGAAAGUUGAACAUGUAAUAAAUAUCAAGUAAUAUUCAAGAAGCAUUACUCCAUGCUUGAGAGGGCUGGUGAAAAUGGCAGUUGUGAAUUGGGCCCCCAGAUGAACCUGUCAACAUAUUUGAACACUUUGGGAUCUGUUCAGUCCUCGACUAGUGUUUUUAGGAAUAGAAAUAUAACGCACGUACACACAUACCCACCAGUGUACACAAACACCCACCCAUUCCACACUCUCUCUCUUUUUCUCACACACACUCAUCUACAAUCUCUCUCUCUCUCAUACUCACACAUGCACAUACACAUCUAGAGUCACUUGUUCUCUCUCAUGCACACAACCUUCCACAUUCUCUCUAUUACACAAUGACCCAGCAGCAGCUUUUGUUUCAGCUGAUCUCUGGGUGUACACAACACUCAUGAAACAAAGUGGGAGGAGCAAAUGAAGGGAGGGAAAUAUCCCGUUACCAAACACUACCAACCUUCACAGACAAAACCCAUCAAAAAACAAUAUUCAAAAACAAUAAUUUGAGUCAACAUGGAAAUUAGGUCAUUAGGAUCAGUCACACAAGCUGAACUGGUCUGCAUAUGGAAGAACGCAUUCCUUAUUCCUUUUACGUGAAGGAACACCCUUUUAUAUGACCGCCUUUACCGUUGAAAACUGUUUUAUAAUGUACAGUUUUUUUUUGUGACUGAAAGUUCAUUUGUUUCUAUAUAUUUUUAGGACCAACAACCUUUCUAAAAAGAAGCUUUUAAAAGAGAGGACCUCUCUGAAUCAUGCUGUGACGGGUGUUGUAUUGCAAGUGCAACUGUAGAAUAUAUUGUGAGUUCAAUAAAGUCACAUUAUACUGAGAAACAAGA